AUGCAGUUCUCGCAAAAGGAGCGAGCGGUGGUUAAGCAGGAGAACCCUGACAUGAAGGUGACAGAGAUCAGCAAGGUGCUCGGGGCGCGAUGGAGAGAGAUGGACGACAACGACAAAGCGCCCUUCCAGAAGAAGGCAGACAAGGACAAGGCGAGGUACCAGAAGGAGAUGGCGGCGUACAACGCGAAGAAGGCUGCCGAGCCCGCCUCCGAAGAAGAGGAGGAGGAGGAAGAAAGCGACGAGGAGAGCGACUGACCACCGAAAGCGAAAACACGCGCUCGCGGGCGCCGUCAGAGAAGGUCAUCCCCUUCCAUCCCCUUCCAUCGCCUCGGCCUUUGGUAGACGGGAUCGGUUGGCGUGCGGCGGACGCAUGCACCAAGAACUCGUGCUUUCAAUCUCGUGAGGAGGUUUUGUACGUCUCAGCGAGAGACGGGUCGGCGCGCUGAGUCUCACCGCCGGUGUGAGCCUGACUGACUGACUGCAGCGUGUUCUGGUUGGAGUUGUUCAGUCAUCGGGGUUGUUGCUGCUGCUGCUGAGAGCAUGUGCCGUGGACCGGCACAAGAAGACAGCGCGCUCGUUCCGAAAAGGAGGGCACUCAAAUAUGGUUUUAUCCGAGAAACAAAAAUGAGAUGAUUUUGAGAAUGAUGUCGUGGGGUGUGACAUAUAUUGGCUUUGAUUUCCCGCGACUCAUUCAUGGCGAAGGGCGGCGGGGGGGGUGGCGGAGAUCUGAGGAGCACGAUUUUUGUGCGGCAUUCUUGUAGGGUAGGACGGACUUGGAACCGGCAAACGUCUCUUGGAAUAUGUUGUGUUCGGAAGAGGCGGCUUCGAGUCGAACGGGAGGAAGUGCGGGGUGUUCCAUGUACAUUUCUCGUCCGAAAAGAUCUGAGGAGCACGAUUUUUGUGCGGCAUUCUUGUAGGGUAGGACGGACUUGGAACCGGCAAACGUCUCUUGGAAUAUUUUGUGUUCGGAAGAGGCGGCUUCGAGUCGAACGGGAAGAAGUGCGGGGUGUUCCAUGUACAUUUCUCGUCCGAAAAAGCAUCCCCCUCCCGUAAGCUCGCUCCGCCGAGGGAGAUGUCGGAUGUGCCGGGGGGCAUGACCGCCCGGUUGUGCGACAGGAAGGAGACAAAAUAGGGUAUAGUCCGGUGUUGUACUUUUAUCAGGAGCGGUAGUUUUUACGUCGGUAGAGUUUUGAUAGGUCGAAUACCAGCGCGGUUGUGCAGCUGAAACGGCGUCGGUGUCAUGUGUUGACUCACUAACACUGCCGCCGGGAAAUAAGUUUUGGAAACUGAACGAAAAAACGCAGUGUACAUACUUACGUGCGCAAUGCAAUGAACAACGAAAAUUGCACAUCGUGUUUGUGCAUGUGGUCCAGCCGAUUUUUCGGUGACGUGUCAGAGGCGCGCAUCGCCGUGCCUUCGCAGUUCACCGUGCGUCCCUUGGAAGUAUGGCCGAUGCCAUCAGGGUAUGUACGCAGGUUCUGAGGUAUGAGUGUGCCGAACAUCGGCACCUUGUCAAGAGGCAAAGAGGUUC